GCCAAAAUAAUUUAUAGAAUGGUCGACAAAUUAAGAAAUAGUGAAGCAAAUACACGCCGAAUUGAAAAUGUAGAGGCUUGUUUUGGCAGUUCUGGACGAAAGUUACUUGAGACUGGAAGAGUUUUGAUUGGUGAAGGAAUUUUGAUUAAAAUAUGCAGGAAGAAGCCAAAGGCUCGACAAUUUUUUCUUUUUAAUGAUUUGCUUAUUUAUGGAUCGAUAAUUAUUAACAGAAAACGUUAUAGCAAUCAACAUAUUAUUCCUCUUGAGGAAGUUAAACUCGAAAAUAUUGAAGAUGAGGGUGAUGCAAGGAAUGGCUGGUUAAUUAAGACUCGAAUAAAGUCAUUUCUUGUCUACGCAUCUACUCCUUCAGAAAAACGUGAAUGGAUGUUGCAUAUUGAACGUUGUAUUCAAGACCUCCUUAAAGAAGGCAGACUUCCCCCCUCUGACUAUGCGGCAUUAUGGGUGCCUGACAAAGAAGCUGUUAAGUGCAUGUGUUGUCAUACAAGUCAUUUCACUGUAAUACAGCGACGUCAUCAUUGCCGAGCGUGUGGAAAAGUUGUUUGUAGUAGUUGUUCAUCUAAAUCAUUUAUGUUGGAGGGAAUUAGCAAAAAACCUGUUCGAGUCUGUGACACGGUUUUUGAAUUUUUAAAAAUUUUAUUUUUUGUUUUCCUUCAGUGUUAUAAUAAACUCUGUCAAGGAAUGAGUCCUAAACCUGUUGCUCCUUUAGGACAAUUAGUUGGAGGAGGAGGGGAAAAUUCAUUACGAACUCGAGAUUCAUCACCAAUAAAUGCAAAUGACUCUUCUGAUUCUGAUGGGGAAGAGCCGUUGCAACAACAAAAUGACUGGGAAAGGGCACAUGAUGAGGUAUUAAAUUCUUAUUUCAAGUAAA